UUCCUCCCACUAGCCCAGAGUAACAACGUCCGGACAUUUACCGAGCUCUCGUCAGCCAAAACAUAUGGCAAAAAUAUACGCUUUUCUUUCUUUUUAUGUGGUGUGCACUACAUUUUAAAAAUUCCGCCGAAAAAGAGAAGACGAUUUUCCGAAACAUUUUCGCCGUUAUCUCACGGCUCCCUCUUCUCUUUACAGGUGUAUAACUGCUACCCAGAAGGCCUAGGGGCGGCCCUUUACCGGGAGCGCUUUGACUUCAACGCUGAGCCGCCUUGGGAUCCUAGCUGAUAGCGGGACACGGCCAUCUACAGACUUGUCCAUGACCCACGGCUCAGUCGCGACUUUGACUACUACUUCUUUAUGAUUGUCUGCUGAAUACGGUUGAGAUGAAAGGACUUGCUGACCAACCGAACCACAUGAUUGAACUCCUGGAGGGUGACACCACCCUGGAAGAUGUCAUUGACGGACAUGUUUACGAACAAGCUCUGGCUGAAAAGAGUGUGUUUGUAGUGUCUGACCUUGGGUCCCUGAUGAGACAGCAUGUCCAGUGGCAGCUCACCAUGCCCCAGAUCCGUCCCUACUACCAGGUCCAAUCCAACAGCAGCCUGGUUGUCAUCGAGGUCCUGGCCUCUCUCGGCCUCGGCUUCGUCUGUGCUAACAAGGCUGAAGUCAGUCUGGUGUUGGACCACGGCGUGCCCCCUGACAGCAUCAUCUUCUCUGGAGUUUGCAAACAGCUGUCCCACAUCAAACACGCAGCCAAGAAUGGCGUCGACCUCUUGGUGUGCGACAGCGAGACGGAACUCUGCAAGAUAGCCCGUUCUCACCCAAAUGCCAGGCUGCUGGUUCAGGUAACUACAUGGGCCCAGGCAGCAGAGACCAGCAUGGAGUUUGGCUGCUCUCUGAAAGGCUGUAGGCGCCUGCUGGAGGCUGCCAAGGACCUGGGGGUGCAGGUGGUGGGAGUGACGUUCCACGUUCCCAGCUCCUGCAAGGACCUGCAGGCCUACACCCACGCGCUGUCGGAUGCCCGCUGUGUGUUUGACAUGGGGGCAGAGUUGGGGUUCAACAUGAGCAUCCUGGACAUUGGUGGUGGAUUCUCUGGCUCAGAGUUUCAGCUCAAACAGGUUCAUACCACCGUCAGACUGCUGCUGGAUGCCUACUUCCCCACUCUGUCUGGAGUGCAAGUCAUUGCUCAGCCUGGUAGCUACUACGUCUCCUCUGCCUUCACUCUGGCUGUCAAUGUCAUCGGCAAGAAGGUUGUGGCCCGGGACUGGAACGGCCUUGCUCAGGAUGAGCUGACACCAGAUGACGAGCCAGAGUUCCUGUACUACCUGAACGAUGGCGUCUACGGGUCUUUCUCCAGCAAGCUGCUAGGAAGCACCAUCCCUGCCCCGGCUGUGCACAAGAGAGGGUCUACGACGGAGGAGCCAGUGUUCUCCAGCAGCCUGUGGGGUCCAUCAUGUGACAGCCUAGACCAGCUGGUAGACCACUGCCUGCUGCCUGAGCUCAGCCCUGGAGACUGGCUGGUCUUUAACAACAUGGGGGCUGCUGGCCUAGGGGACCUCUCCUCCUUCAGUGACCCCUCAACCAUCAGACCACCAGUCUACUACACUGUCUCCACUUCUGACUGGUACAACAUACAGGAGGCUGGGAUAGCUGUGGACGACAUCAUGAAGAACUUCUCCAUGGUCCAGUACGGUGCAUAGCUCAGCUCUGUCCCUCCGUCUCCGCUGUGACGUCUGAGAUCUCCUUACCCUGGGCUUUUAGUGGUCAACAUUCCCAACAGCCUUGGAAAAUGCAGUGUUCAACUUUCCAGGAAGGUUGAUAUAGACUUGUGAUUUCCUGGGAACAGAAAACGAUUUAUUGGUGACCCAUACAUCAAUUCUCAAUUUGUUUUUGGAAAAAAAGAAAAAGAUCAACGAUUUAUCCUUCUUCCUCCUCUUCCUCAGCCAGCUAGAAAACACGUUUCUCCCUCUUCCUCCUCGUUCCUCCUCCUCAGCCAGCUAGAAAACACGUUUCUCCCUCUUCCUCCUCGUCCCUCCUCCUCCUCCUCAGCCAGCUAGAAAACACGUUUCUCCCUCUUCCUCCUCGUCCCUCUUCCUCAGUCAGAUAGAAAACACAUUUCUCCCUCUUCAUACUCGCCCUUCCUCCUCCUCAGUCAGACAGAAAACAACACGUUUAUCCCUCUUCCUCCUCACCCCUCUUCCUCAGCCAGCUAUAAAACACGUUUCUCCCUCUUCCUGCUCCUCCUCCUCAGUCAGAUAGAAAACACAUUUCUCCCUCUUCCUCUUCGUCCCUCCUCCUCAGUCAGACAGAAAACACGUUUCUCCCUCUUCCUCCUCGUCCCUCCUCCUCUUCCUCAGUCAGAUAGAAAACAACACAUCUCUUCCUCCUCGCCCCUCUUCCUCAGUCAGAUAGUAAACAACACAAUUCUCGCCCUUCCUCCUCCUCAGUCAGACAGAAAACAACACGUUUAACAGUAACAUAUGCAACAAAAUGGAUGACUGUAGAUGGAGCCCCGCUUCCUAACCAGCUUUAUUCAUUAUAUAGUUUACAUAAAUGUGUAAUUGGUUCAUUUCUAUUAUAUAUUGAUUACCUGUUGACAGUCUUGUAAAAAAUCACUUGUCUGUUCAACAUGAUGAUGCAUUUUGUCUAUAGAAGAGGAUUUGCCAGGUUUAAUAUUUAAAAUCAGUACUACAUUUUUUUUGCUUUUGACCCCAUAGUCUAGUGAAAGUGAGAUGUUAACCUUAACCCAUUUUUUGAUUAAGUUUCAUAUUUUAUUUGGGUUUAUUAAUUGCAUUUUUUGUAAAACAAUAUGGAGCACGUUUGCGCUCCAGCCAACAUUUCCCCAAGUACAUGCGGUUUAACAAAGCUGAAUCUUCCCGUGGGAAUACUGUUGUCUGUUUGAACCCUCUACAUGGUUAACUGUGAUUCCAUUGUGACGUCUUAACGUUGUUAGUUGGUGAGAGGGGCAUUUGAAGGAUUUGUUGAAGUGAUUUUCUUCUCAGAGGAGUUCUGAACAGAACUAGCUAUGUUCUGUUUGCUAAUGUACAGACAGAACUUUACCGGGCUAGCUAGAAAUCCUUUUCGAGGAAGUGUUCUGGACAGCAAAGCCGACUACAGCAUUACAGCCCAUGGCUUUCACUCUCGUAUAUGCUGUAUAGCUUCUCUGCUGGGUUAGAGAUACAACAAACAUCAGCCUUUAGGCUUGGACACACUUGGAACAUUUUGGUAUUUUUUUUGAAUUUUUUUAUAAACAUUUCAACCACAAGUGUGUUUACAAGGCCUUGCUCUGUCGCCACAGCACAUAGCAGUCCACCAAUAGACUUGUCUUCGUAUUUAUGUGGAUCUAGCUUCUCAUGCCUCUCUUACUGUAUGGUGAUCUAACAUGGAGUCUUGUACAGUUUUUAAUGUCUAAAUAAGGUGACCACAGCUGGACCCAUAUCUGAUUUGUGUUCUUUCCAUCUCCGUUGCUCAUUGUCAAUCCCAAGCUGUUUGCCAUGACAAUGAGUGACAAGGAAGUGGGCAUGAUAGCGCAAACAGACUGGCACUCGAGCUAGACCAGACCUGACUGAACUCUUAACUGUCGCCCUUUGUUGGAAAAGUAAAGUACUGGAAAUUACUUUUUAAGGCACUAAUGGACCAUAUCCUAUUUUUGACUGUAAAUUGUGCUUGUUAAAGUAAUGCAAGUGAUUAAUUUAAUACAUCUUUUGGACUGAAA